GAGAUGAUCAUAACUUCACCUGAACAUGGAGUUACUUAUGUUCAUUUUUGUAGCUGUAAUUCCAGUUAUAUCUGAUGGUUUGGUUGUAAAAGGUCCGUCUGCUCCUCUGGUUGCUCCUCUGGGAUCUUCAGUGGUUUUGCCCUGUUAUGUUGAUGAACUUUUAUCAGUGGAGGGUCUGGAGGUGGAGUGGAGAAGACCAGACUCUGAGACUUUAGUUCAUCUGUAUCAGGAUGGUGAGAGUCAAACAGAAGCCCAGCAGCAGGAUUAUCAGGAUAGAGCUCAUUUCUUUACUGAGGAGAUUCAACAUGGAAACUUUUCCCUCCGGCUGGACGAUCUGAGAGCUGAAGAUGAGGGACAAUACACAUGUACAGUUCACAGUCAGCAGGAUUCUGGAGAAAAUGUGGUUGAAAUAAAAGAUGUUGUACGUUUGCUAGUAUCAGGAUCGAGUCGCUCUAUAUCAGCGUCUGUGGGUGAAGACGUCACUCUGAACUGCUCUGUAGACUCUCACAUCACACCUGAACACAUUGAAAUUGCAUGGAAGAAAACAGAUGAAAAUAUUCAGGUUCUGCUCUACCAAAACAAUGAGGCUUUACCAGAUUCAGCACAUGUGCGAUACAGAGACAGAGUUGAGUUCUUCACUGCUGAAAUCCCCAAAGGAAACUUCUCUCUCAGACUGAAGAGUGUCAGAACUGAGGAUAAAGGAGUUUACAUGUGUCACGUGUUUGCUGGAGGACUUUCAGCCAAUACAACUGUAGAACUGGAGCGACUGGGUUUCUCUGUUUUACACAUAAUGGUGUUGAUUCUCUGUGUUUCUGCGUCUGGAUCUGCACUUCUGCUCUGCUGCCUGAUCUACUGCAGAUAUCAAAACGGGUUCACUGUGACAUAUUCUCAAAACAGAGAUGUCCUUGCGGGAUUAAGGGAAUCAGUGGUUCUGAAGUUUUAUAGAGUUAAACCUUUACAAACGGAGGAUCUGAAGGUGGAGUGGAGAAGAAAAGACAGUAAGACUCUGGUUCAUCUGUAUCCAGAUGGUGAGAGUCGAUCAGAGAAACAGCAGCAGGAGUAUCAGAACAGAGCUCAUUUCUUCACUGAUCAGAUUCAGCAUGGAAACUUCUCCCUCCGGCUGGACAAUGUGGAAGAAGAAGAUGCUGGAGAAUACAUAUGUAGAGUUUACAGCAAACAGAAAUGUGUGUUUUCAACUCAGAUUACUUUGGAAAAGGAUGAUUUCUCUUCAUAUUUAAGUGCGAAAGUUUCCUCUGCUCCUCUGGUUGCUCCUCUGGGAUCUUCAGUGGUUUUGCCCUGUUUUUGUGCCAAACGUUUGCUAUCAAAUGAUCUGAAGGUGGAAUGGAGAAGAAAAGAGACACUGGUUCAUCUGUAUCAGGAUGGAGAGAGUCAAACAGAAGCCCAGCAGCAGGAUUAUCAGGAUAGAGCUCAUUUACUUACUGAGGAGAUUCAACAUGGAAACUUCUCCCUCCGGCUGGACGAUCUGAGAGCUGAAGAUGAGGGACAAUACACAUGUAUAGUUUACAAUAAACAGAGAUCUGUGUUUUCAACUCAAACAAGUUUGGAACUAAGACUACUUGAUUCAGUCCUCCAUCUUCAUCUGUUUCUAGUCGUCUGUCCAAAUAUAAUCAUGUUCUUUGCUUUUGUCUUCUGGGGUGUUUCUGAGGGAUCUGUGAGUGAGUCGGUUUGUUGCUGUGCUCUUUAUUUUCUGAGGCCUCUCCUGUUGCUCUGGGCGGCUCCAUUUAUUAAAAACAGGUUUUCAGACAAGAUUAAAACAUGGAUUCAGAAAUACAGUUAUGUGGCAGAAUAUGCUGUUUUCUCGGUUGUUGUUUAUUCAGCUCUUUUCGCAAGUGCUUGGGAAAGGUUUCUAAACUAUGCUGUAUUUAAUAAAGUCGUCAUAAUAGUGCUGUUUGCAAUAGUGUUUGUGUGCUGCCUCUGCAAAAUCAUUUACAUUUUAGUUACAGAGGUUGGGAAGAAAAGUGGCCGGAUAGUAAAAAUAUUUGAUGUUGUGGCUGAUAUGACCUUUCAAAUUCUGCCUACUUUACAAUUCAUCCUCCUCUUCUACACGUUUGGAGCUGCUAGUGAAGCAGGAUUGAUCAUGAUUGUCAUUUUACCAGUGUUACUGAUGAUGAUGACAAAUGACAGAUGGAUUUAUAAAUGCUAUUCCAGUCAGGGGCUCAACUGUAAGUAUCUGCUGAAUCGUGAUCUGAUCUCUGUUGAACUGCAUCAGUGUCUCUGUGAUAUUAAUCAUCAGUGUCUCUAG